AAUAGUCUCAGUCUCAGUCGUCGAGUGGUAAAUAUCGCGUGCACAUUGUCCACUGCUGCCGUGGUAAAAGAUUGAAUUCGCUAUCCUUCUUUCCCGUUGAGAGUACACGCGUGUCGAUUAAAGGUUUGCAAGCUUACCCGCAGCUCAAAGUGACGUUGGACUACUUUUGAAUUUUUGCGUGCGCGAAGAGUUUACUCUGCUAUCAACAGUGACGGAUAUAGAACGGUGACGUCGAAUAAAACACAUGGAAAACUUCUGGAAAGCUGUCAGUCGCAAAAAACCUAACAACGACGAUGGAAGCCAUUCGAAGCUGGCUCGUGUCCUGACCCUACUCGACCUCACCGGUCUUGGCGUGGGCAGUACGCUCGGACUGGGUGCGUACGUGUUGGCAGGUUCCGUAGCUUAUGAACAGGCUGGACCGGGUGUAGUCAUUUCCUUCGUAAUAGCGGCCCUAGCAGCGGCCAUUGCUGGGCUCUGCUAUGCGGAGUUUGCAUCGCGCGUGCCCAAGGCCGGUUCCGCCUACAUCUACACCUACAUUACGAUAGGCGAGUUUGCUGCCUUUACGAUCGGGUGGAAUCUAAUGCUGGAGUACAUUAUCGGAACGGCAAGUGUCGCGCGAGGCUUAAGUGGAUACAUUGACGCACUGAUCGAUCAUCGUAUGGGAAACGCCAUCAAGGAUGUGGUUCAGAUGCGUGUGAGCUUCUUGGCCGAGUACCCAGACGUAUUUUCCUUCCUGGUCGUGAUAGUGAUAACGGCCCUACUGGCGUACGGUGUGAAAGAAUCAACUGUGCUGAACAAUCUCUUCACCGGUGUGAAUCUGAUCGUCAUAGUGGUCGUUUUGGUGUCCGUGGGCAUUAAGGCCGAUCCGGCUAACUGGGCGAUCAAACCGGACGAUCCAAACGUCCCAGCCGGGCUGGACAUCGGGGCAGGCGGAUUCCUCCCGUAUGGCAUCGCGGGCGUGAUGGCCGGUGCGGCCAAAUGUUUCUACGGCUACGUAGGCUUCGAUUGUAUCGCUACGACUGGCGAGGAGGCACAGAAUCCUUCCCGGAACAUUCCACUAGCCAUCAUCGCUUCGCUGAUCAUCAUCUUUCUGUCGUACUUUGGUGUGGCGACCGUGCUUACGAUGGCGCUGCCGUACUAUCUCCAGGACCCAAUCGCACCCUUUCCGCGGCUCUUCGAUUACCUCGGCUGGCAGGAGAUCAAGUGGAUUGUAUCGAUCGGUGCAAUCUUUUCCCUGUGCACAAACUCACUGGGCGCAAUGUUUCCGCUGCCUCGCGUUCUGUACGCUAUGUCGUCGGAUGGUCUCAUCUUUAAGCAGUUGCGGACUGUCCAUCCAAAGACUAAGACACCACUGUUGGCCACGAUUCUUUCGGGCCUGUUUUCCGGUACGAUGGCGAUGCUGUUCAAUUUGCAUCAGCUGAUCGAUAUGAUGUCGAUCGGAACGUUGCUAGCCUACACGAUCGUAGCGGUGAGUGUGCUGGUACUGCGCUACGAGCAAAAUACCAACUUUAUCGUGAGCAGUCAAACGAAGUCGUCAACAGUGAUGAAACAGCUGUUCAAUCUCACCUGCCUGACGGUACCGAGCAGCUUAUCGUCCGAUAUUGUAAAGGUGUGCGUGCUUAUUUAUGCUAUCGUUAUUAGUGUGAUUAGCUCGAUUCUUGCCCACGCGCAAGAUUAUCUCAACAGCUACAAUCCACUAUUCUGCACGCUUCUAGCGGCCAUGGCCAUUGUAGCGGUGCUGCUAACACUCAUCAUAUCCUGCCAACCGACGGAAGAGCGACAGCUUACCUUCCGUGUACCGUUCGUCCCGUUCGUACCACUGAUCAGCAUCUUCGUGAACGUGUACCUCAUGUUUCAGCUCGAUGCGGCCACCUGGGUACGGUUUCUGGUGUGGCUGGUGGUAGGCUUUAUCAUCUACUUCUCCUACGGUAUCCGUCACUCGGUGCAAGGAUCUGGCAGUCAGACGCUUUCGGAAAGUCAGCUCGACAUCCCAUUCGCUAUGUUUACCACGGUGAAGCAGUAGAGGGGGCCGAUGAUCGCAUUCCGUGGGAAUGGAGCAGCUAGGCAAGCACAUUUUCAUACACUCAAGACAUUAGGCUACGCUGGUAGAAGGCAAGUUGCAUCUAGAUUUAGUUUGGUAGGCUGCAGUAAUCUAGUCAUUCUAUGUUUAACCCAAUGUGCACAUUCGCCCGCUUUUGUGCAAGAGAUUGCUAAAAGACAGAGCAUUAAAAGUGAACCGUUUUAGGUUAAGUAAACUCCAGGUUAGGGAAUAUCGUUCCUGUUCGACUUUUAUGGAUCACUACAUGCUUUUCGGGAAAUGUUUAGUAUGUGGUCAGUAAUCAUUGUUAAUGGUAGAAAUAAUAACUAAUCUAGAAAACAAAGCUAUUUAUUAUUUCAUUGUUUUAGUGUUCUCAUUUACCACCGACAGGCCUCAAUAAACUGUUGAGUUAAG